AUGGAGAAAAUCGAGAGGAAGGAGGAGUUCGUACACUCACGGAAGAAAAAAUUUGCAUAUGAGCAUGUUUUAGAAGACUUAAUAUUUCAAGGAUUUACGGAUACAACGGUCAAUGCGGCUGAUCUCGCGAAAAUGCGAACACUUUUGAGUGCAUAUAAAUCCACGAAAGAUAAUGAGAGGCAGACCGGGACUGCGCCGUGCACAGUGCCAUAUAUGCAGGAGAUGGACGAUAUUUUUUGCGACAGUUGUAUGGUGUCCGUCAACCAUACCAUCAACAUCGGGACAGACCCCCAAAAGGCUCUAACUGAAACAUAUGUUAACCAGUCGUUAACGGAGUUGACCGGGCUCUCACGAACACUUGAAGACGUACCAAGUACAUCUAGGCAGAGUAGGCAGGACAGACACACAACUAGUCAAAUUCAUGAGCCACACACAGUGAUUGCUAGUCCAUCUCCUAGAAAUCGCAAAAGUGCAAGAGAGCGAUACUUCGAAAAAAAACUCGAACUAAAGAAAAGUAGUGUUGAAGAAAAAGAUAAAUUCCAGGCGAAUAUGCAGAAAAUGAUGGGCGAUUUAGUUAGAAAGCGCAACGUCCAAGUUGAAAUAGAACAACAAAAGCUAAAAAUAGAAGAAGAGAAACUUAAGCUUCUCCAACAAUGUUUUAGUACUGAAUAA